AUGCAAGUCACAGUCCAAUUGCAGCCCCAAUUGGUCAAUGAAAUAAGGAAGGGUCUUGACCCAAACUUCGACUAUACCAAGCUAGCUUUUGUGCAAGAAGCCAGCGGGAAACAAACAGAAGACCUUCUGAUCAGCGCGCAAAGCAGUGUCAACGAUGCUCGCAAGAAUUCGAUUCGCGCGGCUUACAACUUGUUCACCACCAGUUUGGACAACGACCACGUUGUCCAUGACAAACACGUGGCUGCUUCUGCGAUGAAUGUGCAUCGUGCCCGUUCAGUUCUUGUCCACAGCCUGGAGGUUAGUUUUAGCCUCACACACCCAACCCUGAAGAAAAUGCACGACACUGCUUGGAAGCUGGUCGGCGACUAUGUGGCUGAAACAGCUCCUUCCUGGGACAUCAGCAUUCCGAAGAGUGCACAAGGACAAGGGCAUGACAAAGACAGUGUGGAGAGCGAUGGACCUACCAUCUUUGCAGCCAAAUACGAACCGUGGCUCCAAGAAACCUUGAGUGGAUUUGGAAACGGGAUCAGGCGGCCAGACUCAGAACGCAUCAUCCUCUGGUGCAACUAUGUCACCCAAGGGGUGAUGUCUGCUCGCCUGAACACGUUUUGCUUGGAGCAGCUCACCCAGCUGUGUCAUGCAAACCCGCGAAAGCGCUUUGCCUGUGGCACUGCCUGCCACACAGUCCAUGAGACAUCAUUUGUCUCUUCAUUGGUUGCCCAAAAGGUAUAUGCAAUGGCCCGUGCUGGUGAGCUUCGAUUGCCAGCGUUUCCAAACUUCUCAAACGUGGUCUCUGAGCUCAGUGCUAAGCAGGAGCUGCCUGCACCCAACUAUGAAGUGUGCGUGGGGCUGGCAAAUGGCACUUUGGUGCUCAAGCAGAACCUGGUCUCUUAUUGGUCCAAGUGUUCUGUGCAUGGUGAUGAUUUCCAAGCGCUGCUCAAGGCCCACAACGAGAAGUACAACCCGCGAGGUGUGAAGCGUGGUGGCCCUGGAAAUGAACAUGACGAUGAUGGUGCAGAGGGCAGUGUCCAGGCCACUCGCAAGAAGCUCAAGGUGGAGUCAAGCGUGAAGGCCAAGGACCAGGAGGAGAAGUUUGAUGAGCCGCUGGCCUUGUCAUGUGGCAACUACCGGCUGAUCUAUGACAAGGGUCAAGACACUUUGUGGCUUGGAGCGGAAGACCCAAAGAAGAAGGAUGUGGAGUCGAUUGAAGUCAGCGGCCCUUGUGAGCUGUUUGGUUUUGGAAGUGGCGACUUCGCAGAGGGACCUGAAGCAGCUGAUAUCAUGAGCGAUGUCACAGGGCGGUGGCUCUGCUACAAGGUCACCAGCUGCACUGAUGAGUGCAUUCUAGAGGUGGACAAGCGGCUUCCUGACCAUAUCCGCAAGUCUGAUGUGUUUGGGAAGGCCCUUCACGUUCUGGACAUGAAGCUUUGGGGCACCCCUGUGCUUGUAGUCACAACAAGUUGUUUGUGCUGUUGA